UUUUGUUGCUCUCUUGCUGGCUCUCAAUUGGAGCUUACAGUGGGGGCUCGGAGUGGUGUAGCACGAAACAGGGUGCCCAAUGCGAAAUGGCGGAGUGGAUCAGCGAUCGCCAGACGGUUUCACGAUGGAUAUUUAGCUAAAGAUGGAAUCUUUUUACUCCGAUCUCUCUGCUUGCUCGAUGAUGAGCGGUAGUUAUAAUCCGGAGUCCGGACCUGUUCUGGGAAUGUUCAUGUUUGUGUUCUCUGAGUUUUUGUUAAGGAUCUUGAGAAAAUGGUGUGUUUGGUCGCUUUUAUCGUGAAAGAUUUGAUUUUGUUUGGUGAAACCCCUUUUUUUUUUUUUUUUUUGGUUUUCAAGGGUAUUGAGAAGCAACUGAUCAUGUUGUCUAAUAUGGGAGUUCAUUCUUUGAUCGGGAACGGAGGGGAUGGUUUUGGCGGAGAGGAUUUUGAGGAGCUGGGUUUACUUCUAAGGGAGCAGAGAAGGCAAGAGGUGAGUGAUCGAGAAAGGGAGCUCAGCAUUUUCCGGAGUGGAUCCGCUCCGCCCACCGUCGAUGGUUCCCUCGCCGCAGUGGGAGGGAUCUAUGGGUGCGAGGGUGCAUUCGGUGUGCCAGAUAUUUCCUCCGUGAAGAAUGGGCACGAAAUUUCGUCAGAGGAGGAACUCCUUUCCAACCCAGCAUAUGUCUCUUACUACUACUCGAAUGUGAAUUUGAACCCUCGACUGCCUCCUCCUGUGCUUUCCAAGGAGGAUUGGCGAUCGACACAAAGGCUUCAAGUGGGUAGCUCAUUAAUAGGAGGGAUUGCUGAUAGAAGGAAAAUCAAUGGAGGGGAGGAAGGGGAUGACAGAUCACUCUUCUCUAAACAACCAAUAUUUACUUCGAUGGAGGAUCAACAGGUGGAGCCAAUUAAGGAGCAUAGAUCAGGGGAAUGGGUUGAUAGAGGAGAUGGGUUGAUUGGACUGUCACUUGGGUGCCAGAAGAGCUUUGCUGAUGUUGUGCAGGAUGAAGUACGAAAGGGUCCCAGUUCAAGCCGUCCCUCACGCCCUGCAAGUCGUAAUGGUUUAAAUGGCCCUGAACGAUUAUCUUCUCCUAGCACUCAGUUAGCAUCACAUAAAGGAAGUGGAUCAAUGGAUGCAGAAAACAGUGCACUUCUACACAGUGACAAUGGACAUGAGAAAACUGGUACAUCAUUGCCACACAGUUAUGCAUAUGUUGUUGGCUCCUCCUUGAAGCGAAGUACUACUCCCGAUGCCCAGGCAGUAGCAAGGUCUCCUAGUCAUAUUCCACAUUUAGGUCACAAAAGCGCUCACGACUCCUCCUUGAAUGGUGUUUCAUUGGGUACAAUUGAAUCUGGUGAACUUAUAGCUUCCUUAUCGGGUAUUAACCUAUCAACUGCUGUUCCUGUAAUUGAUGAGAAUCUUACAAAAUCAAAGAUUCAACAAGGAUUAUAUGAUAGCGAGUUUCCUUUUGCUUCACACCAGAACAAUAUUGAGAGACAACAUAACCUUGAAAGUUCUGAUCCACAAUAUCUAGGCAUGCAGGCUAUUCCCAAGUCAACCAAACCUUCUUACCCUGGUUCCAUUAGCAAUUCAGGAGGUUUAGUGGAAUUGAGAGCUUCAGGAUUAGGUUUGAAUGGGUUAGUUGAAUCCCAAAAGUCUCCCGACAAGUCAUAUCUAGAAGCACCUUCUCAUUAUAUCACUGCAAAUGGUGGUUCUUUUCUCUAUGAGAGUGUAAAUGCAGCUUUUGCAAGUACUGGUCUGAAUGUAUAUUUGGAAAAUCCAGCUCUAUCACCAAGUUUGAUCAAUCACGUUGGCCUGGGUACUUUGCCUCCGAUGUUGGAAAAUGUUGCCACUGCAUCAUCAAAUGCAUCACUUAAUAUGGAGGCAAGGGCUUUAGGAGGAGGAACUUUUUCACCAUCAAAUUCAGUUGGGCAUGCAGACUUACGAACUCUUGGCAGAAGUGGCAAUCCAGUUUCUGCUCCUGCAGCUCUUUGGACAUCACUUAAUGACCCAUGUUAUAUUGAAUACUUGAUGGCAGCUGAAUAUACUGCUCAACUUGCAGCUAACUCUUCUAAUCCAUCCCUGGAGAAAGGUUACCUAAGCUCUUACACUGAUUUACUUGGGAUCCAGGAAAGUUAUUUAGAGUCCUUACUUCAACAGCAGAAGCAGUAUGGUAUACCACAUCUGGCUAAAUCUGCUUCUCUAAAUCUUAGUUAUUAUGGAAAUCCAGGAUUUGGCCUGGCUACUUCAUAUCCAGUAAGUUCUUUAGCAAAUUCUAUGGCUUCUCCCAUUGGACCUGGCAGCCCUCUUAGUCUCAGAGAGCGGAAUAUGCAUUAUUCUUCCAACUGGAGGAACUUAAGUAGAGGUGUUCUGGGAUCUUGGCAUUCUGAGGCUACUGGGAACAUAGAUGGACAUUUUCCAUCCUCCCUCUUGGAUGAAUUCAAGAGCAAUAAGACAAGAAGCUUUGAGCUUGCGGAGAUUGCUGGCCAUGUAGUUGAAUUCAGUGCUGAUCAGUAUGGGAGCCGUUUCAUACAGCAGAAACUUGAAACAGCUACAACUGAAGAAAAAAACAUGGUUUUUUAUGAGAUAAUGCCUCAUGCUUUGUCUCUGAUGACUGAUGUGUUUGGGAAUUAUGUGGUUCAGAAGUUUUUUGAACAUGGCUCUUCAGCUCAGAGAAGGGAAUUAGCUAACCAACUUAAUGGGCAUGUAUUGGCUCUCAGCCUCCAGAUGUAUGGUUGUCGGGUGAUCCAGAAGGCAAUAGAAGUAGCUGACUUGGACCAGAAGAUAAUGAUGGUUGCAGAGCUUGAUGGGCAGGUCAUCCGCUGUGUGCGUGAUCAAAAUGGGAAUCAUGUCAUUCAAAAGUGUAUUGAGUGUGUUCCUCAAGAUGCAAUUCAAUUUAUCAUCUCAACAUUCUAUAAUCAAGUUGUGACAUUAUCCACCCAUCCAUAUGGUUGCCGUGUUAUACAGAGGGUGUUGGAGCACUGUGACAAUCCUAAUACUCAGCGGAUUGUCAUGGAUGAGAUUCUAAAUUCUGUUUGCAUGUUGGCGGAGGAUCAGUAUGGUAACUAUGUUGUACAGCAUAUACUUGAGCAUGGAAAGCCUGAUGAGAGAUCUGUGAUUAUCAAGCAAUUAACUGGACAAAUUGUACAGAUGAGUCAACAGAAAUUUGCUUCAAAUGUCAUUGAAAAAUGCUUGGCUUUUGGUUGUCUUGAGGAACGGCAGCUUUUGGUGAAUGAGAUGUUGGGAUCAACUGAUGAAAAUGAACCUCUCCAGGCCAUGAUGAAAGAUCAGUUUGGUAACUACGUUGUACAGAAAGUAUUAGAGACAUGUGACGAUCAGCGACGAGAGCUGAUCCUCUCACGAAUUAAGGUCCACUUGAACGCGCUUAAAAAAUAUACUUACGGAAAGCAUAUUGUUGCUCGUGUUGAGAAACUCGUUGCAGCUGGAGAGAGGAGGAUGGGACUUCACUCAUCCUUUCCCUCUUAAAUCGGCGGCAAAGCACUGAAGGUUGUACAGCUAACUGAGGCUAGUUUUAGCUCACUCUUAUCUAUUUAGGGAUCGAUCGAUCGGCAAGCUUGUCUGGAAACAAGAAUGGAUGUUGCUUGUACUGGAAAUCUGUACAUUUUUUGUAAUUUGAAGGUAGUAGUUUAAUUAAGCUAAGGCUGUGGCUCAGAUGGCUAAAUAUAAAGCGAAAUGAUGUCCAAUGUUUUUAUGGAUGUAAAGAGAUGAGAGAGUUCAUUUGUCUUUUCCUUUUGUGUUCAUGGGAUGAUUGUACGUGAGGAUAUCUAUACGUUUUUCUGAUGCAAGUAAUCUUUAUAUUUAUGAACAUUUUCAUUUUCA